UGUGAACCCGUGCACCUCCCCACGGGUGCCCCAGACCGUCCCCAUGGACCUGCGGAUCGGGCAGCGUGUCGUCAAGCCCGGCUCUGACACCACCUUGCUGGCCCUGAAGCACACGCAGCAGCUGCAGCACCAGCUCUUCCUCGCCAGCCUCCACCAGCAGCAAGUGGAGCAGCUCGCCCACCAGCACGUGAGGGUGACCAUGGAGUCCCCGCACCGCGAAGCCGAGCCUGGGCAACAGGAACAGGAGCUGCGGCAGAUCCUCAACAAGGACAAGAGCAAACGAAGUGCUGUGGCCAGCACGGUGGUGAAGCAGAAGCUGGCCGAGGUCAUCCUGAAGAAGCAACAAGCAGCUUUGGAGAGGACCAGUAACCCCAACCCUUCAGCCAUGCCAUACAGGUCUCUGGAGCCUCUGGAUCCCGAGGGCCCUUCCCCUCCUGUGCUCAGCACUUUCCUGCCCCCCGUCCCCAGCACUUCUCUUGACCCCCCAGAGCAUUUUCCGCUGCGGAAGACAGCAUCUGAGCCCAACCUGAAGGUGCGUUGCAAGCCCAGGAAGUGCCUUGACCGACGCAAGAACCCCCUGACGCGGAAGGAGAGCGCUCCCCCCUCGCUGAAGAGGCGGCCGCCCGAGGCCAUCGGCUGGAGCAGCCACAGUCUGCCCGGGAUCCUGCGCGACGUCUACCUGGAGGUCGUGUCUCCGGGGCUCGGCACGUUAUCGGUGGCCUCCUCGGGGCGCAGCCCACGGAGGGAGCUCUCCGCCGUGACGGUGCAGGGGUGGAUGAGCCAGGAAAGGAUGUUGCUGCAGCUGUACCCUGGGCCCAGGGAUGGACCUGCAAGGCUGGAAGGGCCCAAGGCCCUGAGCAAACGCGGCUGGCCGGGAUUCCUCACCGUG